UUUCAAGGCAGGGGAAAAAUUAGAGGGGCCCAGUCCCUAUGAAAAGAACUGUUUGCUGUAGUAAAUUUUUACUACUGAAGAAAAGGUUGAAUGAAAAAUGAGAUGGAAUUAUCAACAAGUGAUAUGCUGUGAUAAACUUUGGCCUGAAAUUCUAUUUGUAAUUGUUUAUAAGAUGUAGGCAAAACAGAGGGUAUGUUUUAAGGAUUAGAUAACUUGCAAGUUUAUGCCAUUAUACAUGGAGAAUCUGAAAAAGUUCAGAUGAAUACAUAUGUUCAGAUUGAGUCAGAUUUAUUUAUAAUCAAGCAUAAAUAACUCUCAAUGUGAAAUGGAAGGCCUGAACUCAGCAUCCAGUAAAUGGAAAACACAUGAAAAGAAAUCACUUAACACACAUGAUUUAUGGAGUUAUUCUGGUUGUUCAGAGGAUACAUGGAAAACAAGUAACAUUCAUAGUUCAGCCACCUUGCAAGUGCCAGAAACUACUGUGAAUGUAGAAGCUCUUGAACUAGGCUUGACAGAUGAUGAAACUCUACUAAGUUUUCUGUCUGCUGAAGAGAAUUGUGAGAAUGAAUAUUUCAGUGAUUGCAUUACUGAAUCUGAAGCGGUAGAAAUAUCUAGUGUUACUUUAGACAAUAUCCUAACUAAUACAGUAAAUCAGAUAUUUGGAACAGAAGAUACAGGGAAAGAGUCUGUUGAUACAUUUAACCAAAGUGACAGCACUGGAAAUGUCAUGAAUGCAUUAUGUAAUAAAAUAGAGAAUUAUGAUUGCAUUGAUGAUAAUUCUACAUCUGCUGACCCAUUGCAUGAAAUAGAUUAUUCAAAUAAGGAGUGUUCCAUUCCUUCUCAUCUGGGAAGAAAUGGUAGUGAGAGACAGAGUUUACUACAAACUGCUUCUUUUGACAGGAUUACCCAGAUUUUACCUGAAGAGAAACAGUUUCAUUUGACAAAUGCUUUUCAGAAUAUAGAAAGAUGUGAUGCAAUGAAGGGGAAAGAUGUUGUUCAGCUUAAAAGCAUCUUUUCUGACCUAAGUAACACUAAAGAUAGAUUCUUUAGUUUACAGGAGUUUGUAGCUACAGAUAAAAGGAGUGCCCUGUUUCAGCAACACCCAGCUGGUAUUUUCAGUGAUCAUGAAGAAAUGCAGAUUGGUAAUUGUCAUUGGAGAUCUGUUCAAGAAACAGAGACUCAGAAACCUGCAAGACUACCAGAUCACGCCUCAAAUUUUGUAGGGGAUUGUAUUGAUAAUUGGGAUAAAAAAAAAAGUCAAGAAACACUAGUUGGUACUAAUCAGAUUGGGCAUCACUUAAAGGAACAAAGGGAAAUGAGUUAUCUUUUUGUGGAUGAACCAUCUAGGAGCACCUGUAUAUUUCCAGAUAUUCCAACUAUUCCAAAUAUACUUUCCAUGUAUCCUCAUAUGCCAUCUGAUGCUGAAAUUCUUCGAACAUCUGAAACCACAGGUAACUACUCUUUACCUACACACUCACUUGACGAAAAAAAUUACGAGUCAGAUCCAGAUCUUGUCUCAUCAAUGCUCCCAGAGUUCACUAGACCUAUUAAAAGAGAUGUCUUACAAACCCUAGAAACAGAGAAUGUAGCAACAACAGUAAAAGAGACUUGGAAAAGUCACUCUGUACUCAUCACUGGAAGUACCAAGAAGAAAACUGUCAGUGAUGUGGUAUGGACCAUGCAAACACCAAAGCCAUCAGUUUCUCCUCUGCUCUUAAGCCGUACUUGUAUACAGAUCCCAAAGAGUAGUGCUACUGAUGAUUUGGUAAGUGCAUACAAUAGGCCAGAAUCAGGGAAUAUUUUUAAUGUAACUGCUUUAAGUGAGAGGCAAUUGAUUCAGCAGAAUGUUCAAGGCACAGAGCAUAUACUGGAGGAAAAAAAAAGAGAGAAUGCAUCUCAUCUGAAAUGUGAAAGUGUUGUACAUGAAACAAAACAAGCAUUUUGUGAUACAAAGGAGUUACGUGGAAUUUCUCGAGAAACCUGUAUAGAGAGAGUAGCAUUUUCUGCAGAACAAGUGGGAACUGCCUCUUUUGUGAAUCUUACUUCAGAUUCUUUCUUUGGUAGUAGCACUCUUUCUAGCCAGUUUCAGUUAGCUAUUGAAGAUCUUCCAUUUCAAGUUCCUCAGGAAGCAGACAACAUAUCAAGAUCACAGACUGAAACUAAUGUGAAUCUUUCUGAAUUUUCCUUUGAAGCCAACAAAUGCAGUGAAUUUAAGGUUGUUACACCUGAUAUUACUCAUAAGUAUUCAGGGGAAUCAAGUUGUUCAGUUUUUCAAAAUCCAUCCUGUAAUAUGAAUGACUUUGAUACCCUUUUAGAUUCCUUUAUGUUUAAUGUUGAGAGUGAGCACAGUAAUCCAAAUUCUAGUGUGAGCGUUUACUCUGUAAAAGAAAAUGUAAAUCUGCAAACUAUCCUAAAUGAUUCCAUGACACCAGCUAAGAACAGUAACACUGCAGAUGAAAUAUUAGAUGAUUUCCUAAGUGAACUGGAAGGAGAUAAAGAUGUGCUCAUGGCUACCAGCAACAACCUGUCACAUGAUAUGGAGCAGUUACUUAGUGAAGAUAUGACACAUGAAAUGAAGAGGCUUUCUGAUUCUUCAGCUCCACUGAAAAAGAAGACUUUGAAGCCCACAGUCUUCCAGGUACAGUCUGCAGGUCAAAAAUCGCGCAAAAGCAAUGCAAAAGGAAAAAAAUCUAAAAUUAAGGUGCAGUCCAUAUGUAAACCAAUCAAAUGUGUUGUUCGAGGACAGGUUGUUGAAAAUAUUUCUCAGA